AUCACCAUCAAGACGUCUCGGGUAGACAUCAAGGAGGAAUAGAAGGCAUUCAUCACAACAAGACGUUCACUCAAAGGCUCAGCAUUUCUUUCCCUCUCAUUCCUAAGACGUUGCAAAGAUGGCGGAAAUACUGAAAAAUGUGGAAUCACUCGCCCUCAAUCCGGCAUAUCAUGAUUUAUUUACAGUUUUUAAAGGAGCAAGGAAUGGCAUGGUAUACGGAGCGAAGAUUCGAUUCCCACAUGCAUUAGUGAUGACAUUUAUGUUCGGACGUGGGACACCGUUACAAAAGAUGCAAUAUGUAAUCAAAGCAACUCGUCAACAUUCUCUUAAUUUGACAAAAUUUGUUGGACUAUAUAAAUUGUUGACAAUUUUGAUGCGGAAUACGAAUUCGGCCAAAAAAGAACUUCCACAUGAAAGCUUUUUGGCUGGUUGUGUGGCUGGAUACGUUGUUUUUGGAGAUCGGAAUCCGGUCAAUGAACAGAUCGUAUUAUACUGUAUCGCUAGAUGUGUGGCAUCACUCCUACCGCGUGAGCCAGUCUCGGCCGAUUAUCCUGCUUCCAAGGUGAUUCCGAUCGAAAAGAAGACAUUCAGCAUCUUUGCUGCUCUUGUUUGGGGUUGUGUGAUGUGGUUGUUCAAGAAUAGAAGGCAAAGAUUACAAGGAAGUUUGGUGAGCAGUAUGGACUACCUAUACGUCAAUGCGGAGAAAUGGAAAGAUCUACGAACAUUAUUCUGGCACAACACUUAGACAUAGACAUUCCACACUGGAACGCAGCCUUUCUUUUAUUCUCCUAUCUCGGACAAUUCCGGCGAACAGGAUCAUCUUUGUUAUCAAUAUGUGUACGUCAAUAUAUUCAUGCAUUUCAAUUGGCAACAACCGCCGUGUGAAGGAGGAGGGUAUUCGGACUGAGAUUCAAUUCCAACACGAUCGCACAGGCCAUCAUUGCAAAAAAAGCG